AUUUGGUAAAAAGAUUUGCAAUGUUUUUCAGGUUGAACGAGAGUAUCUCGGCUGUCCGAAAUUUGCAACGAACUGCGCAAUUCUGGCCGAAGAACGUGACAAGAGAGUAGAGCCGCCCGCCGGAGAUCUGCUAACAUGAUUGAUUGUUAGGAUGAAUUAACCGAGAUCGGAACAUGACGGCCGCCGAAGAUCUGCUAAUCAGCAAUAAUUAACCGAGAGUGAAACAUCAUAAUCAGCAAUAAUUGCGUACUCUUUCAAAUUUACGAUUCCUUUGUCGCUACUUGCGAGCUGCGUUGUUUGGUUUAAUCUCUCAGCCUGUUAAUAAACAGUAAAAAUUAAACUCAGACCAAUCAUUGUCACAGAGACAAGAUGAACACGUUUGUCGCCAUCCUCAGCUCAUCCCUCUCUGUAUAUCUUAUUUUUGCUUUCCAUUGCGAAAACCGGAAUUCCUUCGUUUCUCAUUGAGAUGGGCCAAAUCCAAAUUCUCCUCCUUCCCCUUAUCCCCUCAUCCGAAUAUUACUUCUUAACAUCAUCAAUCCACUCUCCCAUCUCCGGACUAUAACCCGGCUCCGGAUUUCACAAUCCGGAGAGAAAACGACACAUCGGGGAUUUGAAUGGCGUCGGUGUUUCUGUACCACGUGGUGGGGGAUCUGACGGUGGGGAAGCCGGAGCUGGUGGAGUUCACGGAGACGGAGACGGUGGAAUCGGCGAUUAAGGCCAUAGCGGAGUCAACUGAGUGCGGGAUACCGGUUUGGAAGAAGAGGUGCCAGCAGCAUGGCGCGGCGGAGAGGGCGGAGAUGCGGCAGCAGAGGUUUGUGGGGAUACUUAACUCGCUCGACAUUGUUGCCUUUUUGUCCAGAAAGGAGUGUUUGGCAGAUCAGGAGAAGGCGAUGAAGACCCCUGUUUCUGAGGUGGUUGUGCCAAACAGUUCCUUGCUGAAGGAGCUUGAUCCUGCCACCAGAUUGAUAGAUGCACUGGAGAUGAUGAAGCAUGGCGUGAAGCGGCUUCUGGUUCCCAAAAUUCUUGUGUGGAGAGGAAUGAGCAAGCGUUUCUCUAUUCUAUACAACGGCAGGUGGCUCAAGACCAUUAAAACUACUGCAAACAAUGCCAACCAACCAUCAUCAUGUGCUGCUUCCAUACGUGACAAGUUCUGUUGCCUGUCAAGAGAAGAUGUCAUCCGUUUUGUCAUCGGUUGCCUCGGUGCAUUGGCUCCUCUACCUCUUUCCUCCAUUUCCUUCCUUGGAGCCAUCAAUCCGAACUACUGCUUUGUUGAGUCAUCCCGGCCUGCCAUAGAGGCGUCCCUAACAACCCCUCAUGAUCCCGGUGCAAUUGCGGUCGUGGAGGUCACUUUAGAAGGACACAGUAAGAUAAUCGGUGAGAUCUCCGCGACUAAACUGUGGAAAUGUGAUUACUUAGCUGCGGCGUGGGCACUGGCUAAUCUCUCUGCAGGGCAGUUUGUUAUGGGGGCAGAAGAGGAAAAUGUUACUUCUUCCAGAUCACUGCCUGAUUUUGCUGCUGUCAGGCGAGGAGAACAGGUCCUUAAACCUCCUAUAUUAGCUUCUGUUCAAGGGUCAACAAGCAGGGUGAGGAAAUUCAGCAGCAGGAGCAUUGGGUUCUUUAGCAAUAACAGUGCAGCCAACACUAGCUUAGGCAUUGCGAGAAGCAUGUAUAGGGGAAGGAGUGCACCAUUGACGUGUAGGAUUACGAAUUCGCUGGCUGCGGUCAUGGCCCAGAUGUUGUCUCAUCGUGCUACUCACGUGUGGGUUACCGAAGCUGAAAAUGAAGAGAAAUUGGUCGGGGUGAUUGGGUAUGCGGAUGUCUUAGCUGCUGUCACCAAAGCUCCACAAUCCUUCUUAAUUCCGGAUACCGCACAUUCAUCUUAAAUAUACGUUUUCGCUUCUGAGCUAACCAUACCUUAAGGGAGUUGAUAAUGAAGAAAGGAAUUGCCUUGUCUUGUGUUAUGUUCUGUUUGGUAGGCAUCUUCUUCCUUUUAAUGGACUGGCAGAUUCAUUGCUCAGAUGGUCUGUAUACUUUGCUAGUGAAUGCAUGUAGUACAGUAAUGAAAAUAGUACUUUUUUUAAAAAUUACCUUACUGUACAAUCAUUGAGCACACUAUUUGUAAGAUUGCCAUUGAACAUACAAUUAAAUUAGAUUAUCUUAGGUAAUACGCAGUAGGAAUUUCUUCUCGUAUGAACCGUGAAACAUCGAUAACACAGGGAUAACACAGGGAAUGCAAACAAUUUAGGUUUACUUUGCUAAUCUAUUUUAUUUUGUUAAUUUUAUCCCAGAAACAACUGUAUGACUC